GUGCGCUGAGGGAAUGCCUGGGGGCCCAGCGGGUGGGGUGCCAACCGGCGCGGACAUGCCGCCGCAUCCGAGCGGGGGCUACUGGCGCUCUAUGCUGGCGCAAGCCGGCCGCGCGAAGCUUUCGGCGGGGCGCUGCGGGGCCUCGGGCGGCCCAGGCUGCGCGCGGGAACCCCCCGCUGGGGCGGAGGAGCUGCGGGGCGAGUUGGACCGAUUCGGAGGCGUCUCGGUGCGCCUGGCGCGGCUCGGUGCGGUGGACCGCCUGGACGCCGCCACCUUCCAGAGGGGCUUGCAGGCUGCAAUACAGCAAUGGCGAUCAGAAGGUAGAAUCGCGGUAUGGCUCCACGUUCCCAUUCUCCAAAGCCGAUUCAUUGCCCCUGCCGCUUCUCUCGGCUUCGGCUUUCAUCAUGCAGAAUCGGAUUCCUCCACCCUGACACUGUGGCUGGGAGAAGGGCCCAGCAGGUUACCAGGAUAUGCUACACAUCAAGUAGGAGUUGCAGGAGCUGUAUUUGAUGAAAGUACUAGAAAAAUACUGGUUGUACAAGAUAGAAACAAAUUGAAAAAUAUGUGGAAGUUUCCAGGAGGCCUGUCAGAGCCCGGAGAAGAUAUCGGAGACACAGCCGUUCGAGAAGUUUUUGAGGAGACAGGUAUAAAAUCAGAAUUCAAGUCCCUCCUGAGUGUUCGGCAGCAGCACACCAACCCCGGAGCUUUCGGGAAGUCAGAUAUGUAUAUUGUCUGCCGCUUAAAGCCGUACUCAUUCACCAUCAAUUUUUGCCAGCAAGAAUGCUUAAGAUGUGAGUGGAUGGAUCUCAGUGACCUGGUCAAGACUGAAGAUGCAACUCCCAUCACCAGCAGGGUUGCUAGGCUGUUGCUCUAUGGGUACAGAGAAGGAUUUGACAAGAUUGAUCUGACUAUGGAUGAACUCCCGGCAAUUUACACAGGCUUGUUUUACAAACUCUAUCAUAAGAAGCUGCCAGACAGUUACAAAACUAUGACAGGAAUGUAUUAAAGUCAUAUUUCUACAUUGAGAAAAAAAUUUAAGUAAAUUGCACAUGUAGAUUAAUGUGUGCCUUAUUAUGAUAAGUAGUAGACAUUUUGGGUUAACUAAAUAUCUGACUUUAAUUAUUCUAACGUGAAUGAUUUCCUGAAGAAAACUCAUGUGUUGUAAGGGUGCACAUUAUAAAAACCUCUUCUCAAAUGAAGUAAAAGUAUGAAAACAAUUAUAGCUCUAAGUAAGCUUCACUAGAUAAAGUCAAAUGCUAUAUAAAAGGUGGAAGUCUAUAUAUUUUCCAGGAAUUUUUGUUGGUUUUCUUUACUAAUACAAUGGUUAAACAUUUUGCUCUUAGAUAAAAGGUUAUCUGACCAUUUAUCCAAACUGAAUAGAUAGAUAUACACAUUUUUUUUUAACAAAUUCCUAAAAUAUACCUCUUAUUUCAUGUGACAUGAGAUCAAAUGCUUCCAUUAAGAUCAGCUCUUAGCAGACAUUGGAAGAAAAAGUAUAGCUUUCUGCCCAGGUCCUGUUUUGGGUCCAAGUUUAUAUUGCCCAGUUCGUUUCAGUGCCACAUACCAACUGGAAUAUUUCCUUGACCGGUAAGUGUUGUAGUUAUUAGAUUCCAAUCGUUCAAAAAAGAAACACUCAUCCGUAACACAUUUCUGAAAAAUAAAGGAAGAAUUAGUGGU